CAGAUAAAUUGAGUGAAUAACUUAUUUUGAUCACGCUUGAAACAAACAAAAAUGAUUGACGCAUUACAUUGAUGAAAUGGUUUUAUUAUUAAUUCGAUUUUCAAAAUAUUUGGUGUAAUGAUUAUUUUUGUCGAUGGUAAAUGCCAAUUUUGAUCUGUACGUUCAUAAAAAUAACUGACUCUUGAGAAACGUAAUUUAAAUUUAGCAAUUGACGAAAAUACACUGCAUUGAAGGAGAAGUCCUCUUUCUUCAUCAUGCUAUGAAUAGAACGAAAAAUUACUUUUUUGCAAAAGAUUUACGCAUGUUUGUUAUGAAUUGACGUCAAGCCUCGAUGGUGUUUUGGUGAAAAUGUUAGGUAUAAAAGGAGUGCACAGCACAGAGCAAAUCAUAUCAAAAUUCAUUUUGUCUCUUGAAAAGUGAAUACUAAAAGACAACGUAAAAAUGAAAGUUUUUGUUGUGAUUUUCAUUUCUUUGUAUCUCGCCUACAUCGUGCACGCUGGCGGCAAAGGUGGAGGCGGUGGCGGUGGCGGUGGCGGCAACGGUAGCAGCGGUGGCCACUGCUGUUGUCCUGGCAAAGAUUGUGGAGAUUUGGAACUCGAUGAUGUGGUCAAAGAACUUUUAAAGCUGAUAAAAACAUUGCUUUGCCUCCUCGGAUUAGAUGAUUUAUUUCCAAUUAUUGGAAAUCCAGGAGGACUUUUAAAUUUAUAGAGCGAUUAUCCACGGGGUAGAAAGAUUGAAAAAAGAUUCCGCUUAUUCUUCAUUCGAGUGUCUACCCCGUGCCAAUAAUUUACAUGUUAUAUUCUGUUUGAAAAAAUUAAAUUCCCAUUUUCAGCAAUUGUAAAGCGAAUUUUGGAAAAAUAAAGAAUAUAUUCAAAACAUAACUGA